ACUCUUACCAUAUUCGGAACAUCAUGUUCGCACGCAAUUCUCCUGACAGGUGAUCAAAUGUCAUCAAAUGUCAAGGUACUUCCUUAUAUCAAUUCGAGCCUGAAUCUGAUAUGGAAAAUGAAGAUGAUCAAGCCGAUACAUCGACUUUGCCAGCGCGACUUGAGCACGAUGUAAAGGUGUUUUGCUGGCGCUCUAUGGGCACGGCAGCAAAGCAGUGUCGCUGGGCGUAUGGGCGACAAGUCUUCAUGUCAGACAUCGCCCUGAGUAAAACCAGCAUGAUGUUUGUCACUCAAGAUGGAGAGGGCUUCAGUGGAGAGUGGCUGGGCCAAUGCAAGAAAGCUGGGGAUAAGAAAGAUGGUUUGGAGUUGUCUAGUCACUUAGAAAGCGGGGCUGUUUAUGAACGGAUUCGUCUGGAGAAGCUUCAUUACGUCCACAGAGCUGUCUCCAUCACCAUGGAUUCUAAGGGCCGGAAUUUUGGGCUCCUGCAGGCUGAUCCCAAAACCAGUCAGCGUAUUUUGCAUUCCACUGCGCACCCUGUUCACCCUGACACAUCAUACGUCAUCAGCGCGCUCAUGUGCGAUGUGCAGGCAGCGGGACAAUGGCGGACAGAGAGCAGGUACCUGGAGAUGUUCAUUAUUGUAGUAAUGUUAUUUACUUUGUACUGUAAUGUUUUCUCACUGGUGAAUGUGACAUGACUUCACUGGAACCGAUCCAACAGCUUCUGGUCUGUGUGUGCGCUCAUGUGUUUUGGAGGAGGCAUGGCUUUGGAUGGUGAUUCGCGAGAGGGAGGGAUUGUAUGAUUGCACUGCUAGCAGGCAAACAUUAGCAUUUUCCAAAUUAUCUACUCUGACUUUAAGUCUAUAAAACCUUGUGAAUGAGCAAGGUGAUGCCCAAGUAGCUGCUGCACAUAUUUCUGAUAGGGGUACACCAUGCAACGCAUCCCAAGACGUGGCCACCUCCGAGUUGAAUGACACCUAACAGAUGCAGGCAUUGUAUAGCCUGCUGAACGAUACGCCUCAAUUAUAGUGUCCACUACCCGCAAGCCUCUGCUUUGAUAAGGGCGUGCCCUUCCUGCCUGGGAUCAAAACAGACAAACAACUGGUCUGUGAUACGCCAUGAAGCAGUCCUUGACACAUACUGCCUCAAUGCACAAACAGGGCAUAAAUGUCUUGUUCUCCUGCCUAAAUACUGCUAACUGAAUAGGCUGAUUUGUGAACUGCGAUGACAACACCUUGGGCAGGAAAGCUGGGUUUGGUCAGAGUUUAACCUGAUUGCCAUCUGGACCCCACCUGAGACAUUGUGGGCUCACUGACAGCGCAUGCAACUCGCCAACUCUUCUAGUUGAUGUUAUUGCCAAAAGAAAGGCAGUCUUCAUAGAAAGAUUCCUAAUAUCCGCUUGCUCCAGUGGUUCGUAGGGAACUCAGCUGAGACUAUCCAACACCACUCGCAAAUCCCACUGGGUGCAUGUUACCCAUGCUGGUGGUUUAAGACGCAUAUCCCCUUUAAGAAAAACGACCACUAAUCUAUCUGCACCCACUAACACCUGCCCAGUAUCCCGAUGGGCUGACGGCUGCAACAAACACUCUAAUGGCCUCUUUACACAGCAAAGGCGGCACAGAAACAGAAUAUGAAGCAGCAUAAAACCACGAACGUUUGUAUUUACACUGACCGUUAAUGCGGCUCUAAAGCAUCAUAAAUGCAUUUACAGAGGUAGUUAAAGUUAUGCAAAAUAAUGCUGAACAUAACCACAAAAGCACAGUUCUAACAAUAUGCAAAUAAAAUAAUGUCUUCAAUUAAACAUAAUAUAAACUCCCCCCAAAAUACUGACACUAAUAAUAACAAUGCAUACUUUGGAUAAAAGCAAUAUUAGGCUAUAAAUGCAACAUUUUAAAUGAAUUUCCUAGCUAACAAACACUCCAUAGAAAUUUGUUAUUAGCGGGCACCUCACCGCAUAUUGAAAGAUGCCAAAAGUUGUUUUAAAAAGCCAGAAAGUCACUGUCAACCAGGUAAACGAACAGUUCCGGUGUUACUGCAAAUGUAACCAGAACAUUGUCGUGUAUGAAAUAUUGUCCUCAAUGAGAUGCGUUUGGAAAUAUAACGACAAAACCCUGCAUUUCAAUUCUAGCCCGAUGAGACCCAAAUAAUUUACGCUCCUAGGGAAGGGCAUCUGUGCGUAAGCGCUACUGUCCCCACUCCUACUGUCCUCACUUUACGAUCUGGACCGAAGCACGGUUACAUUAUUAUGAUGCGACUGUUUUGAGUUAAGAGAAGCACACACACUCUCAUCACAAUAGAGUAAUAUUAAGUUUGUGAUUUAUUAUGUGUUCGACUUCAUGAGCGUGUUGCGCAGACCCAUCCACUUAAGUAACACGAGAGCUAUUCAAAUAACUCCUGUGGUACUGCGCAGCACUGCAUAAUGUCCGACAAACCUAAUAUUUGAAGCAGUUUGAGACGGAGUAACACAGGUCUGCAUGUGAUCAUGUCAUGCAUAUUGGAAGGUUUUUUCCUUAUGAAGGAGAGGAGCUAAAGGAGGAAUUUAAACAAUUCAUGUCAUGUUCAAAUAAAAAAAUCUGCAUUCCGCGCCUGAGUCACAAACAAUCAUACUCCAAACAUUUUUCUAAAAUAACUUUAAAAAUAAACAAAACAAAAUAAAUCUAAUUUGCCAUUAAAACAUAAUUUAAACUAUUUUAAGGCUGAAAACAGUCUCAAAAUUUACAUCAUGCUUUCAUUUACAUUUAUGCAUUUGGCAGAUGCUUUUAUCCAAAGCGACUUAAAUUGCAUUAUACUAUACAUUUUGAUUCUGAGUAUGUGCAAUCCUUGGGAUCGAACCCAUGACUCUGACAUUGUUAGCGCCAUACUCUAACCACUGAGCUACAGGAAUCAUGCAUUCAAACUGUGCCACAGCCUGCCUGAGUAAACAGCUGCAGCACAAACAAAAAUACUCCAAACAUUUUUCCUCAUUAAAUCAUUUUAUGAAGAAAUGAAACAAAAAAAUUGUUUUAAUUAUUAAAAAAAAUCUGCAUUGUUGUUAUUAUUAGCCUAAAACAAAUGUCGCUGUCUGUUUUUGGCUUCAUCUUCACUCUCUUGCUUUCUGCUGACAUGGCAAUGAAUGACGUAGUUUAGAGCGGCUUUAAUGCGCCUUCAUUUACACUAAACCUGAGCCGCAUCAGGGUCGCUUUGAUACUAGGGUCUGAGGAUGGUCAGAGCCGGCAUAUUUUAGAUCGGCUUUCAUGUGGCAUUGCGUAUUUACUAGGGCUGGGUAUCGAGGGCAAUACUUUUUAGGCACCGACCGAAUUGCCUCGAUACUAUCGAGUAUCACAAAACAUCUUGUCGUUCGAUUCCACAUUUCGAUACCAAUAGCUCCCAUACAAAAUUUGCGGCAAGAUAAUUGCUGCCAAAAUUAGCAACACGACAAAUCUAAUGAAGCGGUGCCUGCGAGAAGACCGAGCCGGGCCAUCAUCCUCUCUCUCUGCCACACCUGGAGGCUCCUGCCGCCACAGAGCAUCCUUCAACACGCCCACGACACACUGAAGGCAGCGGCGCUAUGAGUGGGAUUCUGACAGGUGAGGUUAACUUUUAACAAACAAACACAAACAUAUUUUUGUAUUGGUCCAUGCAUUUGUACUAAUUAAGUUAAUGUUUCUAUGUGCGGCGAUUUAGUCAUGUGAACUGGUACCUGCGUAAUUGUUUGAAUGUAUGGCUAUAAACAGUUAGCGGGUUCGAUGCCUAAAAUAGUGGAGCCUUGACUGGGGCUCUGACAGGUAAUUUAGUGUUUAGCAAACAAAAAACAAACACAAUCUGAGGUCUAGUAUGGGCCUGAAGCUCCCAUCUUUCUUCCGGACAAGAAAAUACUUUGAGUGAAACCCCCCGAGUUGAGCAUGGGGGUCUACAACAUCAACAGGUUUUGUAUCUCCUCUGAAAGUGCUAGGGCCUGACGAGGGUCCCGGACCACCGUGGGACACACCUGAGUGCUCACUGGGGUCUGUGACGGAACUGAAGACAAUAACCCUUCUCGAGCGUGUUGAGAAGCCACUUGUUGUCUGAAAUACCUCUCCAAAGAUGUAGCUGAGAGGUUGAAAAAUGUCCCACCACAGACCUCGAGUCCCUAGCGACGGUGGGAAAUGUUUCCACAUUCUCAGUAUGUGUAGGGCGAGAUGUUGGUCUGAACCGAGGUCAGAGCACCUUUGUUCUUGAAGACGGCUCAUGCCGAGCGUCUUCCUGCAAAGGCCUGUAAACCUGCACCUGUCGACGCUGUUGUGACGUAGUCUGGCCAACUGUUGUCCGAUGCGCAGCCGGGGCAGGGUAACUCACAGUGAGUCCUAUAUGUUGUGAUCUGGAUUUUGCUGCAUGUGCCCUUCUCUCAAGGGGUUCCUGAGCAGCUGGGUCGAAGACCUGGCCAGGCACUAAGGGCAACGGCGAAGAUUGUUGCGACAUGCCCCUGGCAGUUUAGGCUGAGCCAGCCACACCUGACGUCUAGCUUGUGUUAUCAGACCAAGAGCCUUCCCACUGGAAAAAGCAAUCGAGCCCAGAGCCUGCAGAGAAGCAUCAAGCAACUCCAAAGAAAUAUUAUCUGAUGCUGUUGUUGACAUAGUAGAAUGGAGUGAUAGCAACAAAUGAGCCAUUGAAUUCCCCACACGAGUCAACCCUGACACAGUGUUGAAAAUGUGAAUCAACAAGUUAUCAGUACGCCUGCACUCUGGGUUGGGGCAGCUGAGCUCCUGCUUCAAUGUUUCGUCUGGAGACACCACCUGGGAAGAUAUGCAUGGCAUACUACCAAGCCCCCUCUCCUGGGCCUCUGCCAUUGUUGCCAAUGUUCAUGCUACAAGAUCGGGCCUGGAAGAUGGAGCUGAGCGAAAAGCAGAGAACACCACAUCACUAAAGUCAGGACAAUUCGGUAUCUGGAAAUCCCCAGGCUGAACAACUGGACGCCGCAUGAGGUUCAAGGGGCCCAGUGCAGGGGAUGGUGGGUCCAAAUUGAACUUAGCAAGAGCCAUCUUGAUUGUCUCCUGCAGUGAAAACACAACUGAACAGCCAACGCCGUGAAGGCCUGAGCCCUCAUCACUAUAAGGAUACUGAGAAUGCCAUGAUGAAGCCUCCUCUGACGGUGUAAAAUCAUCGUGUUUUUCUGCAACUAACGAAUCCGAGGCUGCUAUAGACAGCACGUCCAGCUCCUUCCUAAAACCAUCAGCUGCUGUCUCAGACCUAGGCAAUGAGGGAAAGGGUCUAGACGUCACCAUUUCCUCAUCCAUAUUGCUAGCAGAAGGAAAAGACCUCGCCAAUUAGGCCUGAAUACCCUGUAAAGCAUUAUAUUUUUCAACUCAACUCAACUUUAUUUAUAUAGCGCUUUUUACAAUUUUCAUUGUUACAAAGCAGCUGUACAUGAGACAUAUUGACUGUAAGAUAAACAAUUAAAGUUAUACCUGUAAAAACAAGAAAAAGGUGCAAAUACAGAAGACAGACACACCUACAUACAAAACACUCCACACACACAAUAUGCACACUUACUAACACACAUAGACACACACACAGACACACACACGUCUGGUUUACUAUCCCCGUGGGGACAGUCCAUAGGCGUAAUGUUUUUUAUACUGUACAAACUAUUAUAUUCUAUCCCCUAUCCCUAACCCUAUCCCUAAACCUAAAGAUCAUAGAAAACUUUUUGCAUUUUUAGAUUUUUAAAAAAUAUUGUUCUGUACAAUUUAUUAGCUUUUUUGCCCAUUGGGACCUCAAUUUUGGUCCCCAUGGUGACACGAGUCCCCGUGUGUUGGUGUGCAUUCAGGUUGAGGUCCCCACCGGGAUAUAAAAACAUGUCCACACACACACACACACACACACACACACACACACACACACAGACAAGCAUGCACAACACAGGUCAAAUAUUAAACAGACUAUAAAUUCCUAUAUGCAAUAUUAAUUAAGACUUUAAAAUUCUAAAUCUAAUUCUAAAGCAGCCCCCCCAGCCAGGCAAAUAGUGCAAAACCGUAUGCAAAUGGUGACGAGGAACCCAAAACUCCAAUCGAGAAAAAAACCUCAGGAGAAUCCAGGCCCAACCAGGGGAUUCCAGUUCCCCACUGGCAAAAGCUGCUGCCUCUGCAGAAGCUCUCGGCAGUGCUUGCACAACAAGGCUAAAUAAAAAUAAAUAAACUUACUAAUAAGGUAAAUUAUAGUUUUAAGAUUAUCAUUAAUAAUCUAAUAGCAUUUGAAAUUUUGUAGUGAAGACUUGUCAAGUCGCCGCGUCCUUCUUUAUCCAUCUCUUGUCAGGUCACCACUUCCCAUUCUCCGCUCUACCAUUAGGUCUGGGCAUGAACUGCAUCCUGCUCGCUGUGGUAACCUUGGAACAAUGAGACGAGACUGGCUGAGAGUAGAGUACUGUUCUGCACUCUUUGAUGCAACAAGUACAUCAGUUGUUGUUGGAAGUGUUCCUGGUUCCGGUUGAUCUAACUAAUGCAGCCUAAACCCUCAGAGGAUUUAUAUUAUGGAAGUGUAGUGUAUGCAAGAAGAUGCGUCUUUAGUCUAGAUUUAAACUGACAGAGUGUGUCUGCCUCCCGGACAGUGCAGGGAAGACUAUUCCAAAGUUGAUGCACUAGAUAGGAAAAGGAUCUACCAACUGCACUUGAUUUUGAAAUUCUAGGUAUUGCCAACUGACAGGACUCCUGAGAGCGUAAUGCACAUGAAGGACUGUAAUACAAGCGGAGUUCACUCAAGUACUGAGGAGCUAAACCAUGUAGGGCUUUAUAGGUAAUAAGCAAGAUUUUAAAGUUAAUGUGAUGCUUUAUAGGUAACCAGUGCAAGGUUGACAGAACCGGGCUAAUAUGUUCAUACUUAUUUGUACGUGUAAGAACUCGAGCUGCCGCGUUUUGGACCAGUUGGAGUUUUUGUAAUAGGCCUGCAGGGCAACCACCUAACAGUGCAUUACAGUAAUCUAGUCGUGAUGUCAUGAAUGCAUGAAUUAACUUCUCUGCAUCUGACAGUGACAGCAUAUGACGUAGUUUAGAUAUAUUCUUAAAAUAAAAAAACACAAUUUUACAGGUGUUGGCGACAUGGCUCUCAAAUGACAGAUUACUAUCAAAUAGAACGCCAAGAUUCUUAGCUGAUGAUGAGGGUUUUAUGGAACAUCCGUCAAUAGUUAAGCAGUAUUCUUGGUUGUUACGUAUGGCGGUUUUCGGUCCAAUAAGUAACACAUCUGUUUUGUCCGAGUUCAGUAACAAAAAGUUGUUACUCAUCCAGUUUUUUAUAUCGACUAUACAUUCCAUUAUUCGAUGGAACUGCUGUGUUUCAUGAGGCUUCGAGGAAAUAUAAAGUUGAGUAUCAUCAGCAUAACAGUGAAAGCUAACUCCGUGUCGCUUUAUUAUAUCUCCUAGAGGUAGCAUGUAUAAUGCGAAGAGCAGAGGCCCUAAGACUGAGCCCUGUGGUACACCGUACUGGACAUGCGAUUUGCGUGACACCUCAUUGUUAAUUGCUACAAAUAGAAAACGGUCGGAUAAAUAAGAUUGAAACCAUUUCAAAGCUAUUCCCUUAAUUCCGACGUAAAUUUCUAGUCUAUGUAGGAGUGUGCUGUGGUCAAUGGUAUCGAAUGCAGCACUAAGGUCUAGCAGCACCAAUAACAAGAUACAACCUCGGUCAGACGCCAAUAGCAGAUCAUUUGUAACUCUGAUCAAAGCAGUCUCUGUACUGUGACAUGCUCUAAAUCCAGACUGGAAUUCUUCAUUGAUGUCAUUCCUUUGGAUGAAGGAGCAUAAUUUAGUUGAAAUGACUUUUUCCAGAACUUUAGAUAUGAAAGGUAGAUUAUAUACAGUGGCUUGCAAAAGUGUUCAACCCCCUUCAUUUUAUUCACAUUUUGUUAUGCUGCUGCCUUAUCUUAAACUACUUUAAAUGAUUAUUUUUUUUACAUUAAUCUACACUCCAUGCACAAUAAUGACAAAACAAAAAAAACUGAUUUUUGACAGCUUUUCAAAUUUAUUAAAAAUAAAAAACAAAAAUAAGUACAUUGCAUAAGUAUUCAUACCCUCAACUCGGAAAAUGGUUGAAGCGCCUUUACAGACUCAAAUCUUUUUGGGUAUGAUGUGAAAAGCUUUACACAUCUGCAUUUGUCAUUCUUCUCCUCAGAUCCUCUCAAACUCUGUCAGGUUGGAUGGAGAUCAUCAGUAGACAAACAUUUUCAGGUUUCUACAGAGAAUGUUCAGUUGGGUUCAAGCACUAGUAGUAUAUAUGCGGGUCAUAGUGUCAAAAUGA